UUUGGAGAAAUAAGAGGCGUACUUGCAAAAUGCAAACUUAGCCGACUUAACAUUGAGCAUUUUGUUUCAUUGCGCUGGUAGAUUUUGUGAGGUCAUGUUCAUCUACUUUCCGUUCUUCGCAGUGUUUGCAUAGCAGGGAGGAUUUACAUUAAGGUUUAGUAAUGUAUACGCAGCGACGGCAGAAACAGAGCUUAGAAGUCAAUGGCAUUCCCACAAGUUUCGUUGGGAAAUCAUUAACAAAUUAGAGCUAAGGCAUACGAGAGAAAGAGAGAGAAACUGUGGCAGUAGGCCGUUUGCGUGCGUUUUAGUCGGACGACGGCAUGGCGAUGCUUUCAAGAGUUGCAAUCAACGGAUAAAUCACAUAACAGCGAAUUAGAGAACUGGAAAUGCCGACCAUCUUUGCAUGGUCAGAAUGUUGCUGUUUAACAACACUAUACCGGGAAACAACAGACCAACAUCGGACAAUUUAAGCAUUAUGACAUCGCUUGGUCGGGGAAACCAGCGCAGUGAUUUUGCUGUGGAAAGUUUGUUGAAUGAAAACCAGUAUCGGGUCCUCGGUAAGAAAGGGGAAGGGACCUUUUCAGAGGUGCUGAAAUGCCAACACAUAAAAGAAGGUUCUUACUGGGCAUGCAAGAAAAUGAAGCAACAUUAUGACAGUAUGGAGCAGGUGAACAACUUGCGUGAGAUCCAGGCCUUGAGAAGGUUGAAUCCACAUCCCAAUGUUAUCAACCUACAUGAGAUUCUAUAUGACAAGAAGACUGGGGUCUUGGUGCUUAUUUGUGAACUCAUGGAUAUGAAUAUAUAUGAGCUAAUAAGAGGCAAAAGACAGUAUCUCCCUACUCAAAAGGUCAAACUCUUCAUGUAUCAAUUACUCAAAUCCAUAGAAUUUAUGCAUAGGAAUGGAAUAUUUCACAGAGAUGUUAAACCAGAAAACAUUCUUAUAAAGGAUGAUGUUUUAAAAUUGGCUGACUUUGGUUCAUGUAGAAGCAUAUAUUCAAAACAGCCAUAUACAGAAUAUAUUUCUACACGAUGGUACCGUGCUCCAGAAUGUCUUCUUACAGAUGGGUAUUAUUCUUACAAGAUGGAUAUCUGGAGUGUGGGCUGUGUCUUCUUUGAGAUUGUCAGUCUGCAUCCAUUGUUUCCUGGUUCCAAUGAGGUCGACCAGAUUGCCAAAAUCCAUGAUGUUUUAGGGACUCCAGACCCAAGCAUUCUCAACAAACUGAGAAACAAAACAAGAGGAAUGAAUUUCAACUUUCCCGCCAAGAAGGGAAGUGGAGUCGAGAAGUUGGUUCCUCAUGCAUCUCAACAAGCCAUAGAUCUGAUUUACAAGAUGUGUGCCUAUGAUCCAGAUGAAAGGAUAUCGGCUAAGCAAGCACUCAAACAUCCUUAUUUUAAGGAGUUAAGGGAUGCUGACAAGAAGGCACAUGCCAAUACAAAGUCAACAAAUAAAAC